AUGGGAGACAGAGUUGUCUUAGGAUAUUGGGCUAUCAGAGGUCUUGCUUAACCAUGUAAAUUAUAUAAUCACUAUUUAUAGUGAGAUUCUAUUUAGAGUAUCUAGGAUUACCAUAUGAGGAAAAGAGAUAUUACAAACCUGAAGAAUGGUUUGCUGAUGUCACAUCUGCUCCACUCAAUUAACAUGUUCUAGUGAAUUUACCUUACAUAAAGGAUGGAGAUGAAUUGGUUUUUGAGAGCUAAGCACUCUAUGUUUAUUUGGCUUACCGUGCCAAUAAACCAGAGUUAUUAGGUUAAAAUCCAAAGGAAUAGGUUACUCUGGCAUCUGUAAGAGGAGUUUUGCAAGACUUAUUCAAAAGUCUGAUUGCAUUAUUUACAAUUCCAGAAGACUAAUUUGAAGCAAAGAAGGAUGAUUUCUUUAAUCAAGAAGUGUUAUGGAUAGCAGAGAAACUAAGUAAAUUCUUGGAGAAUCAAAAAUGGGCUGUGGGAGAUAAUUUGACAUAUAUUGAUUUUUAAUUGUUUGAAGCAGAGGAAAUAUUGAGAAAUUAUAAACCAGAAGUAUUUACAACUUUGGUUGGAUUAUAGAAACAUAAUGAAAAUUUUGCAAAUUUACCUGUUAUUAAGGCAUAUUAAGUUUCAGAUAAAAUGAUAGCUCGUCCAUUUUAUCCACCUGGUAUGUAUAGAUGGGGUUGA